CCGCAGCAGCACGUGAUCAUCUUACUGAGGCUGUCCGGGACUGAAGUGUGCCUUUAGUCAAAGGCUGGAAGGAGAUGGUAAAAGGGAGCAAACGGCGGGGAGAAAAGGUGCUUGAUAGACGAGGAGGUUUCAUAAACGCCUGACAAACUCGAAUUCAAAACUCCGUGUCCCGUGUUUGCAGGCCUUAGGCAGUGACACGCCCAGGUUACCGCCGCCAUUUUUGUUGGGGCUGCUCGUGCGACGCAUUUUGAGAAGAGCAAGGCGCAGUCAGACGCGCAUGCGUAUCUUUGUGAGGGGAUGAGAACGCCAGGGUUUUAAGCAUGUUUGGAAAGGAGGGAACUGAAACUGGUGUCGCGUCAGGAUCUGAAUAUCAUUGAGUUUUAAAAUGGAAGGAAAAAGCAUCGUUUAUACUGGGGAGAAACCAUACAGUUGUGCUUUAUGUGGGCGAGGCUUCAGCCAUUCAUCUGGACUGUCGAGACAUAAGCUCAGUCACACUGGGGGAAAACCAUGGAAAUGUAGAGACUGUGGCAAAGCAUUUACAUCCCCCUCUGACCUGGAAAGGCAUCGCCGCAGUCACACAGGGGAGAGGCCAUUUUCCUGCUCGAUAUGUGGGAAGGGAUUCAAUCAGUUGUCCAAUUUGUUGCAACACAAGCGAGUUCACACUGGGGAGAGACCUUUUAAAUGCCCAGACUGUGGGAAGUGCUUUAAAAGUCCGGGGGAACUGUUGUCCCAUCAACGUGUUCACACUGACGAGAGACCGUUCAGAUGCUCUCACUGUGACACUCAGUUCAAGUACUCAUCUGACCUCACUGUCCACCAGCGAGUUCACACUGGGGAGAAACCGUUCACCUGCUCAGAGUGUGGGAAGGCAUUCUCUCAGUUAUAUAACCUGUUGACACACCAGCGCGUUCACAGUGACGACAGACCUUUUAAGUGUUCGGACUGCGGUAAGUGCUUUAAAUGUUCAGGGAAUCUGAUAACACAUCAACGUGUUCAUAGUGAUGAGCGACCUUUUAAAUGUCCUGACUGUGGAAAGUGCUUUAAAAGCACUGGAGAACUGAUGUCCCAUCAACGUGCUCACACUGAUGAGAGACCAUUCAGAUGCACACACUGUGGAACUGGGUUCAAGAAAUCAUAUAACCUCACUGUACACCAGCGACUUCACACGGGGGAGAGGCCAUUCACCUGCUCAGAGUGUGGGAAAGGAUUUACUCAGUUAUACAACCUGCAGACACACCAGCGAGUUCACACAGGAGCACGACCAUUCACCUGUCCUGAGUGUGGUAAGGGAUUUACUCAGUCAGCCCACCUGGUGAGACACCGACAAGUUCACAAAAAAAUACAGUGAUUGGAUUUUACUGUGAAUUAUCGCUGAGGGGAAAACAAUGAUCUUUCUUUUGUGUUUCUUUCUGCUGAUAUUAAGAAACCAGUUUAGUUGAGUGUUAAUAUUCUGGAUAAAUUUAAAUAAAUUAGCUUUGUGUUAACUACAGUGUGUUGAACCUUUCUGAUUAUAUAUCAAGUUGGUUCUCUGAAUUGCUCUCCAUGUCCCCGUCUCUUCCAUUGUUGACUCCAACAAUGCAUGAGGAGCUCAUGGAAAACAUUUGUGGCAAAGAUUGAGAUAAUCCAGUCCUCUGUCUCUACUACUUUCCUUCCACUAAUCCGCUAGGACACUGUCUCUAACAUUCUAAUUUGCAGAGCCCUGUGCCAACUACUGCUUUUAGUUUCUCUUCCAGUUGCUUUAAGAUGGAAUUGGGAGUGAGGGAAUGACAACAAUGGCCUCUGUCAUCCCGCUAUUGCAUUGGGGUCUGUGUCGGUGUCUGUGUCUGUCUCUGUCUGCGCGCGUACACAUGCCCCACGUCAUUCUGUCCACGACAUGCAACCCCUGCCCUUAAUAAACUACGAAUCUCACAAUGUCCCCAUAUGGACUGAUAUUGUUAACAUUACCCCCUUGUCCAUCCAUGUCCCUUUCCCUUUCCAUUUCCCCCUUCAAAUUGCCAUCUUUAGUCCCUCCUGGAUAAAGAAACUCUUGAUUGCCACUGCCAUCCUUGCAAACAAUUGCCCAUCUAAGUUCCAAGCAAUAAAGGCAAGCGUGCUAAACACCUUAACCAUCCUGCCGAUUGUGAUGCAAAUUUCAAACAAUUAUACACCUAAAUCUGUCUAUGCUACACUACUACCCAGGGUCCUACUUUUUUAAUUUUUAAACUUUAAUUUUAAUUUUUAAAUUUUGUUUGUUUUAUCAAAAUACAAUGCCUCAUAUUUAUCCAGAUUAAACUCCAUCUGCCACUCCUCAGACCAUUGAUCCAAUUGAUUAACAUCUCUUUGUAACUAUAGGUAGCCUUCUUCACAGUCCACUGCACCACUAAUUUUGGUGUCAUCUGCAAACUUGAUAACCAUGUCUCCUCAAUUCUUAUCCAAAUCACUUAUGAUAUAAAUGACAUCAUCUGUUUGGGAGGAGAAAGGUACCUGCCUCUUGUAUAUCCUUUAAACUUACCCACUUACAUUAAAACUACAUCUCAUAAUUUUGACAUUUCUACCUGAGAAAAAAGACUCCGAACUAUUCACUUCAUCCAUGAUUUUGUAAACUUUUAUCAGGUCGUGAUUUCAUCCCUUGAUAUUUAAGUGAAAACAAACCAAGUUUGUUCAGUUUCUCCCCACACCACGCUUUUAGCCAUGUGUUUAUUUCCCUUAUUCUUAUGUCCCUACGCCAAUUUGCACGUGACUCGGGCAGUAGUCCGGAGAUUAUAACCCUUUUGAGGACUUGUUUUUUAAUUUGGUUCCUACUCCUGAUAAUUCCUGAACAGUCCCUCUUUCCUAGUCAAACCUAUGUUGUUUGUUCUGAUGUGGACCACAACAACUGGAUCCUCCUCCUCCAUCUCCAACAUCCUUUCAAGCUGGUCAGAGAUAACCCUUACCCUGGAAUUGGGCAGGCAACACACCAUGUGGGAGAGAGACAUAGUAGGAACUGCAGAUGCUGGAGAAUCUGAGAUAACAAGGUGUAGAGUUGUAUGAACACAGCAGGCCGAG